CCCCUCCGCCCCCGGAGCCGCCGGGCUCGCUGCAGACCAUGGCACCUGGGCUGAAGCUCGGCUCCCUCCUCUUGGCGCUCGUCGCCUCUUUCGGCGGCCGGCAGCUGGCCGGAGGAGCCGGCGGCAGGAGGGGGGGGGCAGCGGCCGAUGCUUGCGGAGGGAGGGGGCUGUCAUCAGUCACCAAGAACAAUGGACUACUCAAUAUCACCUUUAAAUAUGACAACUGCACGCCUUAUCUGAAUUCAGUGGGAAAACACGUGAUUGGAGAUGUGCAGAAUAUAACCAUCAGUCAGUAUGCGUGUUACGAACAGGUUGCAGUGACGAUACUUUGGACAGCAAAUACCAUUGGGAUUGAAUACCUGAAAGGAUUUCGAGUGAUACUUGAAGAGUUAAAAUCAGAGGGAAGACAAUGCCAGCAGAUGGUUUUAAAAGAUCCAAAGCAGCUCAGCCCCAGUUUUAAACGAACAGGAAUGGAAUCCCAGCCCUUUGUAAAUCUGAAGUUUGAAACAGAUUACUUUGUAAAGAUUGUUCCUUUUCCUUCCAUUAAAAAUGAGAGUAAUUAUCACCCAUUUUUCUUCCGAACUAGACCAUGUGAAUUGUUGCUACAGCCAGAAAACCUUGUCUGCAAACCCUACUGGAAGCCGAGGAAUCUGAAUGUUACCCAGCAGGGAUUUAACAUGCAAGUGUCCUUUGAUCACGCACCUCACAACUUUGGGUUUAGGUACUACUUCCUUCACUACAAACUUAAGCAUGAAGGGCCAUUUAAGCAAAAGACCUGCAAACAGGAGCAAAACACAGAUACCACAAGUUGUAUUCUUCAGAAUGUAUCUCCAGGAGAUUACAUAAUUGAGCUGGUUGAUGACACUAAUACAACAAGGAAAACAAUGCACUAUGCGCUAAAACCAGUACAUUCUCCGUGGGCUGGACCGAUAAGAGCUAUUGCCAUUACAGUCCCUUUAGUUGUCAUUUCAGCAUUUGCAACGCUUUUCACUGUGAUGUGCCGCAAGAAACAGCAAGAAAAUAUAUAUUCCCAUCUAGAUGAGGAGAGCUCAGAAUCUUCAGCAUAUGCUGCAGGUCUCCAUGUGGAACGACUUCGUCCCCGGCCAAAAGUGUUCAUCUGCUAUUCCAAUAAAGAUUGCCAGAAACACAUUAACGUCAUCCAAUGCUUCGCUUAUUUUCUUCAGGACUUCUGCGGCUGUGAGGUGGCUCUAGAUUUGUGGGAAGAUCUAAAAAUUUGUAAAGAAGGUCAGAAAGAGUGGCUUAUAAAAAAAAUAAACGAGUCCCAGUUUAUCAUCAUUGUGUGUUCCAAGGGAAUGAAAUACUUCGUGGAAAAAAAGAACUGGAAACACAGAGGGGUAACCAAAGAUGCAGGGAAAGGAGAACUCUUUCUGUUUGCUGUGUUAACUGUUGCAGAGAAGCUUCGUCAGGCAAAGCAGAAUUCAAACGACCUCUGCAAGUUCAUUGCCGUCUACUUUGAUUACUCCUGUGAAGGAGACAUCCCUGGUAUUCUGGAUCUAAGUACAAAAUACAAACUCAUGGACAAUCUUCCUCAGCUGUAUUCACAUUUACACUCCAGAGAUCUUAGUGUACAGGAUUCAGAGGCGUUUCCUGUUAACAUUAGUAAAAGGAAUUAUUUCAGGAGCAAAUCUGGGAGGUCCCUUUAUGUUGCCAUUUGCAAUAUGCAUCAGUUCAUUGAUCAGGAACCAGAUUGGUUUGAGAAACAAUUUAUUCCCUUCCCUCCACCUUCUUUACAUUACUCGGAGCCUGUCAUGGAAAAAUUUGAUUCUGGCUUGGUUUUAAAUGACUUAGUGAAUAAACAGGUGACAGAUGGCGAUUUUUACCUGAAAACAGAUGUAAAUAUUAUUUCGGCUGGGAAUUCAGACUCUCACUGUAUAAUUCAGCACUUAAACCUUGGAGAAGAUACGGAAACUCAGGACAUUCAAGGUGGUGGCAGCUCUGUUCUUCAGCCGUUGUUACAUGUCAUUAAAGCUUCAAAUCUUAAAGAUAUGCCUCGAGAUUCUGGAAUCUAUGAUUCGUCUGUUCCCUCAUCUGAAUUAUCUUUACCUUUAAUGGAAGGACUAUUGACAGACCAAAUGGAAACAUCUUCCAUUACAGGAAGUGUUUCUUCAUCAUCGGGUUUAGGGGAAGAAGAACCUCCUGUAAUCACUGCUACAAAAUUCUUAGUGCCUGGAAUAUGUAAAGCAGAACUUCACUGCCAUAUCCACACUGACGAACUGCAGGCAAUUGCUCCUUUAUAAUACAUGACAACAUUGUUAUGCAUUGCCACUUUAUCAACAGCCUCUGUUUGUGCUUUAACUACCACACUGUCUCAGCACUAAAUCUGCUUGAAGGAACAAGUACUCCCUGAAGAAGAUCUGUUAUUCCUAAGGCGUUUUUUAUGGCCAGUAAACUCGAAUCUUUUGGUCUGUAUAAAGUCUUUCAUGAUUUGAAAAACGCAGCAUUGAAAAACAGAUGGGAAUAUAUUCAAAAUUAUUACUAAUUUAAAUGUCAUGAUAUCACACUGUUUACAGAUGCCAUAAUCAAAAUUGACAUAUUUUUUUGCUAGAAAUAAUCUUGCAACUGGACAUAAAAUAGCUUGGAACGUUAAGUCUUAGUAAGUUUUGUAGUCCAGCCUCUAGUUUUAAGUGCUGACAUACUUGAUGGCAGGAGUGUUGUAGUGAAUAAGAGCAGGAUUUUUUUCAGAAGCAAGAUAAAAUGCCAAAGGUGAGAUCAAGCAAUUCCCCAUCAGAAGAAAUAAUUUUCUUUUAGAAACGUUUGAGCUCCUUUCCUCGCAGUCUCCUCCCCCAAAUGUUAAUAUGUUUCAGUAUUUAAUUUCAGAUAAGUGCAUAUCUCCCUCUUCUGUAUGGUUCUUCUAGCUCUUCCCCACAGUCUGGCUAUGAUGACUCAGGAAUAGGACUGUACCGACUCUGAAGUAUCAUUUUCAUAACAGACAAAAAUAUAGAUCCUGCAUAUGCUGAGUGGUACCUUGGAAACUGAGUUUCCUGUUUUCUUCCUGGAAGCGCUAAUAUAAAGAACACUUUAAAGAGAUGGGGGAAGGAAGACCAAAUUUUGUAUUUCAGACAUCGUUCUGGUUUGGUUCAGCCAUGAAAUGAGUAUGCUUUAUGGGGGAUUUAAUAUUAUCUUUCAAGGCCAUGCUGCUACAAAAAUCAUCUGGGGUAAAACAAGUGAAGAGAAGCAGUGAACAGGCAUGAAUUCUUUGCUUUGUUUUGAGCCAACCAGUAGACAAAAGCCUAUCAGUUAUUUCACAGUUAUUUUUCACAAUACUUAUCAUUACUUGGUUAUUAAGAUAGUAUAAUAUUAAUACUGUUAUAUUAACAAAAAAUGCUUAAACUACAACUGGACAUGUUUAUCUAAAGACACACAGAGCACGCGUGUCCUUUCUUUUGCAGCGACCAGGUAGGUGAGCCAUAAUCCAAAAUAUCCCCGCAGUUUCCAAAGAGCAACUUCUCAUAAGUGAAACCCAUCUGUGUAACUGCAGUUCUAGGCACGAUUAUAAUAAGCACGAUACCAGCAAAUAGCCAAGGACACCUUGGCAAUGUGCCCUUGGCUGUUUUGCUCACGGAGUCAGAUUCUGUCUCAUUUAACCUGUCUUCACAUUCCACUCACAGGAGGUUACUUUAGGAAAUACGUCAAGGGAGAACUCAAACACCUCAAAUAUUUUCUCAGUUUUGAUAGAUGAGAAUUAGACAUUGCUGACUGUUACAUUGUAUUAUCUAUUUUAAUAGCAUGAGAUAGAACUAUUAAACCAGCGAUGAGCUGGCUGAGUAGCUUUAAAGCUCCUGAGUGUUGGGGGCUUUUUUUGCCUUUUUUUUUUUUUUUUUGCAUCAGUUUAUAUUAAAUCACUUGAAUUUCCAAACCUAAGACUCUCAAAAUUGUUGUCGCAGAUGGAAACACAAAAGUGCUGUAACAAUUAUUUGAAUGUAACCAUGGAUGGCAGAACUCCGCCAUGCUUUGCAAUUAUAAUACGGAAUUCUGUGAUCAACUAGAUGGACCUGGCAGAUUCGGAGGGCCUUCCCCAUUCAUGUAAUGUUCCUUACUCUUCCUGUGUUGCGAAUUCGAAAAAAAAUCACUAGCUGGAAAACCUCAAACUUGCAAUACUGAAGUAAGUUUUCAGUAGUUUUAAGUACAUAGUGAAUCAUCUGCACCUUCAGUGAUGUUUUGGGGUUUUUUUUAUGCUGUGCCUUGGGCUGUACUGAAAGCGAAAUUCUUCAUGUUUUCCUGUUCUUUGAAGCUGAAAAAUACCUGGGUCAAAUAUCUAGAGGUAAAUGCUCCUCUACUAAAUCCAGCUGUGAAGGAUCUUGAUUCAGUGCAAUUCUUGCCAUUUUACUAGAGAGAGAGUUUGGGUUGAUAAGGCACAGGCAGAAAGGUUACACAAUUUGGGUGCUUAGAAAUGCCAAAGCUGCAAAAGAUGAGGAGGCGGCAAUUCCUGAGCAGUUAGCUGGCGAGGGCAGUGCUGCUUUCCCCUGUGGGAAGUCACAGCUCACAUACUGUUAUUUUCUGCUAGACUAAAGACUGGGAAGAUUUCCUGGUUCUGUUAAGUUCAGUAGCAGAACUGGUAUUACUUAACGGAUUAGGUUUUUGUGUCGAGCUCUGAGAAGGCUCAGUUUCAAAAACGGACAAUAGCAGUUGCACAAAGAUUCACUUGUCAUUAAUCUUUUAAUUUUUAUUUCUUCCAAAUUUGCUGUACAAUCCUGCAAAUGUUUUUUGUUUUUUUUUGUUUUUUUUUUUUUUAAUUAUAAAAGGUAUAUGCAGAUGCCAAUCAAAUCUGUUGGCGUGGGGGGGGGCGGUGGGGGGGAAGAAAAGAAUUACUUCAUUCCUUCUUAACACAAGGUGGAAACAACAUAUUAUAUGUCCUCAAAAGAAAGAGAAUAUAAUUAGUUGAAAAUUUAGAGUAGGACAAGCCCACAGAUAAAAUAUACAAGAUUGAAAAAAGUAAUACUUAAUCUGAUUUUAGCACAGAUUUUUUUACAGAGCCACAGUGCUUAAAAAGAUUAGCAAAACAUUGUGUAUAUUGAGAUGCUGGAAGGACGUAGUACUGAAUUUGCAAGAAUUCUGUAUUUUCCCUUCAAUGAGAAUAACAGCAAAAAUCCUUGUAAAAAAACAGUUUUAAAACAAGUAUGUUAAUACACAUAUUAGAGGUUAGCUUACUCCUAUUUUCAAGCAUUAGUAAACUCUAACCAGAAUGUUAUUGGUGAAUGAAUCCCUUGAAUUUCUAUUAGACUCAAGUGUGUGGACAUUGUUUGGAUGUUUUAAAAUGUAUUUUCUGGGAGGGUGGAAAAAACGUUGGAAUGCUGAAGGUUCAAUAUAUGGCAGUGUGUUCAGCGUGUGAAUGAUAGGUGUAGUUGUUGCCAUAAUUUGUACCUGUACAUAAACACAUGAACUGUUGAAAAUAGAAUGCAGCUGAUGUUUGCAGAAAUAAAAUUUUUA